AUGGCGCCCCGCCGACGCCGUGGCGCCGGCAGCGAUACCGGUGAAGAUGCCAAUUCAGAGGCAAAUGCGCCCAAGAACCGCCCGCCGAACACUGCGUUCCGGCAGCAGCGUAUGCGAGCCUGGCAGUGUGUGCUGACACCCAAACUCAUUGUCACCAUCUUCUCCAUCCUCGCUGCCAUCUAUCUCGGAUUUGGCGCCUGGUUGACAUACCUCGCGCAUACGGUCCGAGACAUUCGGAUUGACUACACCGACUGCAAAAGGGAUGCCCCGAGCGAGUUUAAUGCUCUGCCUUCCGGCUACAUUACAGCGCACUUUGCGGAGACGGACAACACGCACGACCCCUACAAGGCAGAGUGGAUGAAGGAAGAAGUCGAGGUACAAUACCCAGGCUUCAAAGCUAACCGGACUUACUGCCGGAUCAAAUUCAACAUCCCGGAGCAGCUGAAGCCCACCAUCAGCUUCUUCUACAACCUCGAAAACUUCUACCAGAACCACCGUCGCUACGUGAACUCGUUCAACGCCAAGCAGUUGCUCGGCGACGCCGUUGACGGCCGCACCAUCAACGACUCCACAUGCGACCCGAUUACUCAUGACCCGCGGGGAACGGGCAAGAUCGUUUACCCCUGUGGUCUUGUGGCCAACUCGAUGUUCAACGACACCUUCUCUAAUCCGGUCCUGCUCUCCGUGCCGGAUUCGAGCGCCGCCAAUGAGACUUACUCCAUGUCGACAAAGGGGAUCGCCUGGAGCGGCAUGAAGGAUCUCUAUGGCAAGACUACAUACGGCCUUGACCAAAUCGUCCCGCCGCCGAAUUGGGAGGAACGGUACAAGAAUGGCUACACCGAGGAUAACCCUCCACCAAAUCUCAAGGAGGAUGAGGGCUUCCAGAACUGGUUGAUGCUGGCUGCGGCGCCCAACUUCUACAAGCUUUACCAGAAAAAUGACCAGGAUCCUAUGAAGGCUGGUCAGUAUCAGGUCGACAUCCAGGACAACUUUGACACGACUGUGUACAACGGCCGCAAGGCCUUCGUCAUCACCACCGUCUCCAGCAUGGGGUCCCGCAACAUCUGGCCCGGGAUAAUAUUCCUGAUUGUCGGCGGCAUCUGCCUAAUCCUCGACAUCUACUUCAUCCUCUCGUUCUUCUUGUGGAAGCCCCGCAAGUUGGGUGACCCGUCGUACCUGUCGUGGAACCAGCCAUCCGCGCCCCAUGGCCAUGCAUCGGCGUCAUGA